CGUGAUUUUAGUGUGAAGAUUUCUUGGGAUUUUUGUGUACAUUGUUUUGUAUUAUAAACAAUAUUUGAAGAAAACAAUAAUUGAAAAAAAAUGUACCCGCUGUGAUUCGAACCAUGCUAGUUGGAAACCGAAACCGAAAGCACUCGUACGAGUAUUCUGCGAAAUGAAGAGUUCCAUACUGUAGAGUUGCAGAAUUCUGGCUCGGGGCUAUGGCCGUCCCCGAUCAUGUUUCCACUUUCGUGAAAGCUGGAAUGAACGAAGUGUGGAAAUCCUGUUAUAAUACGAGGCGUAUUAAGUAUAAGUCAUUCAAAUAUGACAUUUUCAGUCGAAAUGAUAUCAAUGUUCUUUUCAAAUUUGUGAUGUCAUUGAUUGUAACCAUUACAUUUGCAAGCAUCACGGCGACUAUUCUUUACUUUUUUGAUUCUGAUUCUGUCUCCACAAUACAAGAUCGCCGUUUCCUUGUAACAGAGCUGCAUGUUACCAGUAAAACAGAAACCUCUGUUAGAUUAGAAUGGACAAAACCAGUGCUGAUAGCCACUAGGUAUGAAGUACACAUUUCAUCAGAAAUGUCUGACCUGGCUGUGGAUGUAGACGCCUGGACUGAGUCCUCUAUUGACAUAGAUAUGCUGACUUCUGGUGUCUUCUACUCAUUUAGUGUGACAUCAUUUGUCACUAGUGAUGACAAACAAGAAAUCCCACGGACAUCUGCGAUCAUCAGCAUCCUAACAAAACCAUCUCCACCAGGUCCAAUAGACAUGCAUAACAGUCAUGUUUUCCAAGCACAUGUGGAGCUGAGUUGGGGCGCGUCACAUGGAUAUCUAGACAGUUACCAUGUGGUAUUGAAAAACUGCAUGGGAAACGUGGUGACAGAGACAACCACCGAAUCAACACACCUAACCCUGCCUCUUGGGAACCCCUCGACUUUUACAGCUUAUGUGGUGGAGAUCUAUGCAUUGUCGGGCGUGGAAAGAAGUGAUGCUCAGACACAGGUCAUUCAAAUGGAAGAAUCAGAUCUGUGCAUCCAAGAUCUACAUGUAACCACACAGGACACUAUGUCUGCAACUCUAGAGUGGAGACAUCCAGCUUACACACCUGUUGAGAACUAUGAGGUGAGAUGGUCUCCUGCUAGGUCUGACCAACAUGAUGUCCUCACUGUGGAUCCAGACUGGACGUGGGUCUCCGUUGACGAUCUGAUGCCUGGACAACUGUAUAAAUUCAGUGUGACGUCAGUCUUCCCCACACAGUGUGGAGAGGAGAAACGUGUCCAGUCACAUGAUAUCUCUGUCACAACACGUCCUGCAGUGCCAGGUAUGGUUGAUUGGAUAAAGAGCACGGUCAAAUCUACAUCACUAAACUUGCACUGGAAAGCAUCUGAGGGUAUGGUGGACGCAUACAUUGUUGAGAUAGCUGAUGGUUCUUCUUUCCAAGCUGAAUAUCCGACAGAUGGUCCAUCUGUGCUGAUAGAGAACCUGGAGAUCAACACUUUGUACAAAGUGGAUAUCUACGCUGUUAGUGGCAACAUGAUGAGUGAACGUCGAACUGAAGAGAUGAAGACCAAAGAUAUACAAGGUCCUGCAGUGCCAGGUAUGGUUGAUUGGAUAAAGAGCACGGUCAAAUCUACAUCACUAAACUUGCACUGGAAAGCAUCUGAGGGUAUGGUGGACGCAUACAUUGUUGAGAUAGCUGAUGGUUCUUCUUUUCGAGAAGAAUAUAGGACAGAUGGUCCAUCUGUGCUGAUAGAGAACCUGGAGAUCAACACUUUGUACAAAGUGGAUAUCUACGCCGUUAGUGGCAACAUGAUGAGUGAACGUCGAACUGAAGAGAUGAAGACCAAAGAUAUACAAGUCUAUUGGGGAUGCAUGACUAAGGCCAUUUUGACGGGAGGAAUAGCUGUGGCAGGAUUGGCUUCAUUCGCACCCUUCCUUGGUGUUUUUGGGUUUGGUGCAGCAGGAGUAGGCAAGGGCACUCUCGCAGCAUCCUGGAUGUCCUCAUACGGUGGUACAAUAGCCUCAGGAGGUGUGUUCUCUACCUUACAAUCUCUCGGAGUCGUCGGUCUUGGAGCAACAGCCAAGGCAGCUAUAAUAGCGUCUGGAAUGGCAUUGGGAUGUAUUACUGAAGUGGCAUAAUGUGACUCAGAUUACUGAAGCGUCUGAUAGCAAGACACAUGGGGGGAAAAGAAGCUCAUUGUCAUCUUUGUUUUCUUACACUCAUUGUGAAAAAAUAUAUCCACUAUGUCCGAUAUUUAUUUUAAUUAAUUUUGAUCCAUUUAUUACGAUAUUAUUUUGAUUUCAAUGCUGCACUGAUAUAAUUGAUGAUUUCCACAAUUUUGCUUAAAGGAUUGACUGAUGCUUUUGAAAUUCUUGAUCAGUUUAUUUUAUUACAUCGGUAAGGGGCUAUUGGUUUGGUCUAUAACUUCCGAUGAGAACAUUAAGUUUUGUCUACGCUCGAUUUGCUUUGAUUUCUGCAGGCAGUUUUGAAUAUUCAUUGACUGAUUUGUAUCAGACUUGUCAUUUAAGAUUUAAAUUGGGCUGUACUAGAAAAUAAAUUGUGUAUUGGUAAUUUCCAUAUACUAUCUUGAAUAUUCACCAGACUUUGCCAUGUUAUGGGUAAAUGUUUCGAUAAUACAUCUAUUCUGCUUUAGACUCUGAAUUAAAAAUGAUAAACGAUGUUCUGUAGAUAGCUGAUUUCUUGAUCUGUAGUUCACUAAGUCAAACUUGAAUAUAUUCAUGGACUGAUCUUCACAAACUUUGUCUUAAGGACUGUUUUGGUUGAUCAAUUGAUGUUCAAAAAUGACCCAGAUAUUUACAUAAUUAGUGAUGUCAUCUUAGGUAGCUUCAAUUGGUUU